UCCAGGUGCUGUCUAAUCCUUUUUCCAUUAUACCAUUAAAAUACACACAAUAUAUUUUACCAAAAGAAACCUCAGCUGCAGCAGCAGAGAGUUCAGAGAUGGAGGAGGUGGCUGCUACGGUGUUUGAGGGGAAAAGGGUGGCGGCUCCUCCUACAUAUUGCGUCACUGGAGCCACUGGGUAUAUCGGAUCAUGGUUGGUGAAAGUUCUGCUUCAAGGAGGCUACAUGGUUCAUGCCACAGUCCGGAAUCCAGGAAAGGCCCUCCAUCUGUUGUCACUGUGGGCCGGUGGUGACCGGCUGAGAUUGUUCAGAGCUGACAUGCUAGAAGAAGGGAGCUUUGAUGAUGCCGUAAAGGGUUGUGACGGUGUCUUCCAUGUAGCAGCUUCAAUGGAGUUUGAUAUCCCAACAAAUGAGAAUGUUGAGGCUUAUGUUCAGUCAAACAUCAUUGAACCUGCAAUCAAAGGAACUGAGAACCUCCUCAAAUCUUGCUUGAAAUCUAAGACAGUGAAAAGGGUUGUGUUCACUUCCUCCAUCAGUACUAUCACUGCCAAAGACAACACUGGAAAAUACAGACCAGUUGUUGAUGAAUCUUGCCAAACUCCUGUUGAUAAUGUUUUGAAUACAAAACCAAAUGGAUGGGUUUAUGUGCUCUCCAAGCUUUUGACAGAGGAAGCAGCAUUCAAGUUUGCAAAGGACAACGGCAUUGAUCUUGUUUCAGUGAUAACAACAACCGUUGCUGGUCCUUUCCUCACAUCAACUGUUCCAUCAAGUAUUCAAGUGCUCUUGUCGCCUAUCACAGGGGACCCCAAGUUCUACUCAAUACUAUCUGCUGUAAAUGCUAGAAUGGGAUCAAUUGCUUUAGCUCACAUUGAAGAUAUUUGCAAUGCCCACAUUUUCCUGAUGAGGCAGGGCAAUGCACAAGGUAAAUACAUGUGUUGUACCAGCAGUUGUCUGAUGUCUGAAUUGGUCAGUCUUCUUGCUCAAGAGUAUCCUUGCUCUAAUAUUCAAAGGUUGAAGGCAGAUCACCAAGGCUCAGUACCAUCAGAGAUUUCUUCAAAGAAGUUGAGGGAUUUAGGUUUCAAUUUCAAGCAUAACAUAGAAGACUUAAUUCACGAAACAAUUGCUGCUUGUGUGGAUUAUGGCUUUCUACCUCCAAUGAAGAAGUAAUUGCUGUUACUUUUGACAAAAUUUGCUGCCCUUAGCCAAGCUCUGCUGCAAUGACAUGAUUGAAGGGAAGACAUAAAAUUGAAUAAAUGCUUGGGACAUGUUUUCUUAGAAUUAAACUUAUCAAAGUUCAAACCAAAUCUGAAGCAUGUUUAAUUCCAUGGAAAAGCAAGCAUGACUUGCGCAUUAAAUUGCUGUAAAGGUGUCUGUUGCGGUACUAAAUUUUUCUUAACCUCCUGUCAAGCUUAGUCUAUGAUGCUCAUUGCCUAAAGUGUAUUCAAAUCUAUAGUUUAAGCAGACUAAAACAUGUAGUUUGUG